ACAAUGGGAUGAAAAUGGAGGCGGGGAGACGCACUCAAACUCUGGAAUCACAGUGGGAUAAGUUAAAUAUGGAUUUCAGAGUUACAGGGGAUAAAGUUAGUCAGAAGUGUAUAAAAUAGUUUAUAUUGACUAUUACUACCUAGCUAUAUUUGCAAAGAACUGCUUAAUUUGACCAAACUUAAAUGGAUUUGCACUUAUGGGGUAAGACCUAUGGUACCCCGUGAACUCCACUUUCCAAUGCCAGGAUGGCUGUAAACUUUAUUGGUGUCGGCUCUAAAAGAAUGGCGACUUUCACGUGCCGCAUUUAGUUCUAAUUGUUCUCAGCAUUUGUGAAACCCUUGUUUAGAAGUGAGAAGUGAAAGAUGUUCCGGCAGGCUGAGAGUGCGAGGAAGCGCCUCAAUUUGCAUUCUGUGGCCCGGAUCAGGAGUUUAGAGGUGGCGCGAGGGAGGUCGGGGUACGGGUUCACCCUGUGCGGACAGGCUCCCUGUCUUUUGGGCAGCAUUCUGAAAGGCAGCCCCGCUGACUACGUGGGUCUGAAGUCAGGAGAUCAGAUCCUGAGCGUGAACGAUGUCAACGUGUCCAAGGCGUCCCACGAGGACGUGGUGAAGCUGAUUGGCCGGUGCUCGGGCGUCCUGCAUUUGGUCAUCGCGGAAGGCAGCCCCCACCGGGACUCCUGCUCCAGCGACGAGGAGUUCGGUUUUCACGAAACGAAGAGCUACUGGCUCAAGCCCAAAAUGGACUCUAAGACCCUGGGGAUCAACCGGGCGGAGAGGGUCGUCGCGGAGAUGCAGUCGGGGGGCAUCUUCAACAUGAUCUUCGAUAACUCCAGCCACUCCUCCGGGAGCCUGGAGAGGGCCGCGCCCGCCAAGCCCAGGCCGCUGUCCGAGCCCGACUUCCCCUGCCGGGCCAGGAGCUGCAGCGCCAAGAGCCACCCGGACCUGCUCUCGGAAGAGGAGAUGGCCAAAGUCCUGAACGACGACUCUGCGUUCGCCGGCGCCUUCGAGGGCGCCUUCGAGAACCAGGAGGACUUCGCGCUGGACGCCAGCGUCCUGAACGUGGGCAUGAUCGUGGGCUACCUGGGCUCCAUCGAGCUGGCGUCGGCGGGGGCCAACCUGGAGAGCGACAGCCUGCAGGCCAUCCGCGGCUGCAUGCGGCGCCUGCGGGCCGAGCAGCGCGUCCACUCGCUGGUGAUGAUGAAGGUCAUGCACGACUGCGUCCAGCUGUGGAGCGACCGGGGCGCCGUCCUCGCCACCUACCCAGCCGAGAAGCUGGCCUUCAGCGCCAUGUGCCCCGACGACCGCCGCUUCUUCGGCCUGGUCACCAUGCAGGUGCCCGACGACGGCGGGCUGGCGCGGGCGGCGGGGGAGGAGGAGGAGGAGGAUGAGGAGGGGGGCGGGCUGAGGACUUCCUGCCACGUCUUCAUCGUGGACCCGGACCUGUGUCCCCACGCGGUCCACCAGGGCGUGGCCCGGCGUUUCGGCUUCGACUGCACCCCCGACCCGGACACCGACGGGUGCCUGGAGUUCCCCCCCAUGUCCCAGCCGCUGCUGCAGUUCGUGUCGGUGCUGUACCGGGACAUGGGAGAGUCCAUCGAGGGCGUGAGGGCGCGGGCCUUCGCCGACGGGGACCUGGACGCGCAGCAGAACCACAGCACCAGCAGCAACAGCGACAGCGGCAUCGGCAACUUCCUGCCGGAGGAGAAGAGCAGCCGGGUCCUGCUGGUGGACCUGGGCGGCGGGUCGGGCCGCCACGUCCCCGGCGGCCCGUGGGAGGGCACGCAGGCCCGGAGCGCCGGCCAGGCCGCCGCGCUCCGCAACGGCUACCGCUACGAGCAGGAGGGGAAGUUCCACCUGCCGGAGCUGUCCCACCCCGACCCGCCCCCUGUGCUCUCCGGCCGGCCCCUGGGCCCCUGCGCCCGGAUGGAGGUGCCCGUCCCGCCCCGGCACCCUCACUACCCGAACGGCAAAGCGGCGGGCGUCUCGGGCGCGGCGCACGGCGGCGGCGGCCAGCGCUGGCUCCCCGUCCACGUCCUGCAGGACUGGCGGCACGGCAACGCCAGCGACCAGGAGUCCUACGCCGAGUCCACCGACGGCUGGUCCAGCGCCAACUGCAGCACCCUGCCCCCCCCCAUGAGCAAGAUCCCCGCGGACCGGUACCGCGCCGCGGGGGAGAUCGCCCGGCCGUCCAGGCUCGGCUCCCACAAGGACGAGUGGGCCAAGAAGCUGCUUUCUGCGGAGGAGGCGUUCGCCGACCAGAAGAGUGGGAAACGGGGCAAAGACAGAGAGAAAAAGGGUUCCCGGUUCGGGGGUCUGGCCCUGGGUUUCCCCCACCUGACCCAGCGCUCCUCCGGUCGCCGGUCCUUCGGACGAUCCAAACGCCUCAGCCUCGCGCGCUCCCUCGACGACCUGGAGUCCGCGGCUGUCUCAGAUGGUGAGCUGAACAGCGCGGACCUGAAGGGCUGCGGCAGCGAGAACAGCCUGAGCAGCAACGCCAGCCUGCCCAGCGUGCAGAGCCACCGUCGCCACGGCGAGCGCCGCGUCGCCAGCUGGGCCGUCUGCUUCGAGCGCCUCCUGCAGGACCCCGUCGGCGUGCGCUACUUCUCGGAAUUUCUAAAGAAGGAAUUCAGCGAGGAAAACAUCUUAUUCUGGCAGGCCUGUGAAUAUUUUAGCCAUGUUCCUGAAAAUGACAAGAAGCAGCUAUCCCAGAGGGCCCGGGAGAUCUACAACAGCUUCCUGUCCAGCAAGGCCACCACGCCGGUCAACAUCGACAGCCAGGCCCAGCUGGCCGACGACAUCCUCAACGCCCCCCGCCCCGACAUGUUCAAGGAGCAGCAGCUGCAGAUCUUCAACCUGAUGAAGUUCGACAGCUACAGCAGGUUCCUCAAGUCCCCGCUGUACCAGGAGUGCAUGGUGGCGGAGGUGGAGGGCCGCGCCCUGCCCGACCCCUACCACAUCCCCAGCAGCCCCGCCUCCUCCAAACACAGCGUCAACUCCGACCGCUCCGCCAUCUCCACGCCCAAAAAGGACGGCAAGAAGGCCAAGCCCGGAAGAUCGCUGAACGAGGACUACAGGGACGAGCACGUCGAUAAGAAAAAAGGGAUCUUCUUCUCCUGGUCGAGGAACAGGAGUUUUGGGAAGGGGCCAAAGAAGAGAGACUUCGGAGAUUUCAAUUAUGAUUUCUCAGACAGGAACGGCAGGAGAGAAUCGCAGGGCUCCCUGUCCUCGGGGGCGAGUGUGGAACUGGGGGUGUCCGGUUCGGGGGGGAAAAACGAGGGUGACCCCCGAAACGCCCCGUCGGAGCGGGACAAGGCCCAGAGGCACUGCAACAUCAACCUGCCGGACGGGUCCUGCUGCCCGGUGCCCAUCAGGCCCGGCGUCUCCAUCCGGGAGGUGCUGCUGGGGCUCUGCCAGAAGCUCUGCAUCAACCUGGCCGCCGUCGACCUCUUCCUGGUCGGGGGGGAGAAGCCCCUUGUUCUGGACCAGGACUGCAUCACCCUCAGUUCUCGGGACUUGAGAUUAGAAAAGCGCACGUUGUUCAGGCUGGACCUUGUACCCAUCAAUCGAUCCGUCGGACUGAAAGCCAAACCCACCAAACCGGUCACGGAGGUUCUGCGGCCGGUGGUUGCUAAGUACGGCCUGCAGCUCAGCCACCUGGUUGCCAAAAUCAGCGGUGAGACAGAGCCCCUGGACUUGGGCUUGCCCAUAUCCAGUCUGGAUGGAUUACGAGUCAUACUGGAUGUUGCAGAUCACACAUCUGGAAAAGAGAAGCAGAAGCUGGUUUCAUCAAAGAGCCACGCCCCGCCUCUGAACUCCCGGAGCUACUCCACAACAGGGGAGGAGAAGCCCUGCUCUGCCAAAUCGCGGGGGGAGCACGGCAGGCCCCCGAGGGAGACGCGCCUCCUCAGAAAAGAAGAAUCAGUUGAUAAAGUGGAAAAGAGAAAACAGAAAAAGAUUAAUAUAGACGAAGCCGAAGAGUUCUUCGACCUCAUAUCCAAAGCUCAGAGCAACCGAGCUAACGACCAGAGGGGCCUGCUGAACAAGAAGGACCUGGUCCUGCCGGACUUCCUGCGCGUGGGGCCCGACCCGGCCUGCUCCACCCCCAACUCCCGCCAGCCGGGCCCGGGGCGGAGGAGGGGGGGGCGGGAGAACGGGGAGGCGCAGCGGAGCGCCCUGAAGGCCAGCCACCACUCCCAAAGCCUGGACUCCUCCCUGGACUGCGGGGGGCCCCCCGGCGGCCAGCCGACGGGCCGCCGACGGCAGGCGCUCAUGCCCCCCGGCGGUGGCGGCGGCGGCCGCAGGCCACACCCUCUGGACCACGCCCCCUUCUCCACCACCCUCUCUCCCAUCCCCCACGCCCCGCCGGAGAAGACGCGCCCCGACGGGAAGGGCGUUGCCGCGCCGACGGUGGAGGACGACAACGCGGCCGACUUGACUCUGGUGGGCGAGGGCGACAUCAGCAGCCCCAACAGCACGCUGCUGCCCCCCACCCCGAUCGCGCCCUCGCUGCAGGGCAGCCUGCCCGAAGCCGACUUCACCCCCCCGCCGCCCUGUCGGGACGCGGACCAAAGCUCGCCGGACCCCCGGUCCCGCUCAGACGCCGCAGAGGGGAGCUCCGGGGGAAGGGGGCGUGGUCCCGUGAGCCCGCAGGGGGUCCAGGGAGGGGCGUCCCCCCUGCCCGCCAACCGGAUCAUCGACGUGGACGGGGUGCGGCUGGAGGACGCCCCGCGGGGGGACCCGGACCUGAGCCUCAGCUUCGAGGGGUACGCCUCCGAGCUGCGGGAGUGCCAGGGGAGGAUGAGGCGAGGGGUGUACAACACCUCCGAACUGCCGUCCCUCCUCAACGCCCCCCGGCCCGACAGCGGCCAGGCCAGGGAGGGCGCCUGCAAGGCCACCUUCGUCUGACAGGGGGCGCCAUGGAGCUGCACUUUGGAAGCGCUGGCGAACCGGCUCCAGCCGGUCACCUGCACACCCCGGGACCACCGCUGUACAUAGGGCCUGAUCUGAAUAUAGUGUAAAUACACCGGCUCAUUAUCAAGUCUGGAGCGGCUAAAGGACGCUAGGCUCCUUUUUUUCUCUCUCAAAUUCAGUGUUGUUUUCAAGUUUAAUGGUACACUGUGUUGCAUAGCCCAUUGCUUUUAUUAACACAAAAAGCAAGCUGUGGUGUCCGCAAAAAAAGAAAAGAAAAAGGGAAAUGGUCGAUUCUGUUCUACGAGCAGAGCGGCUUUUCAUGAGUUGCAGGUGUUUUCUUACCAUUCUAGUGCUACGUUUUUUUUUCAGUCCGGUUUACCUAGUGACAUUAAGCACAUCUUUACAUUUUAAGGCUGUUUUUUUUUGCAAUGUCAAGCAUAAAUCUCAAGCACCUUCCCCAGGCACACCAUAAAAGCACUGGAAGACUUGAUGUGCUUCCGGUAAGUUCCCGGGAGUGUACAGGCAGUGGGAGGACGACUCGGUGUGCCUAUCUCCAUUCCUUAGCGGGUCCUCAUUGUGCCCAGAUGUGUAUUUGACGUUACGCAGUUCAGUGGUUUUGCAGCUGUUGCCGGUAGUGAACUCACGCUCAACUCUCAGCUUUUUGUUCCGUUUAACAUCAGCGACAUUUAACUGCCUCAGAACCACAGGCCAGGUCCCCUGCCCAAGUCUCCUAGAACAACUGACCACGAGGACAUCAAAGGCUGAAUCAGUUGGCCGUCUGCCUGGGAUGCUUCUGUGCUCUUAGAUUAAAAAAAAAUUUUUUUUUGUAAACAUUGCAGUAUUCUUGCCUUUGACAUGUUGGCUACCCUAGCAGUAAUCAUUUAUCUCCUUACCUGGUUGAAGCAAAUUGUACAGUACUUAUAAACAAUCACACUGUAUAGUCUCUGUACAGUAAAUACCCUUUAUCAGAAACAUGACUGUAAACGUUUCUAUGCAUCCAUUGUGUGCUACAGACGGUAGGCCAUUUGAACCGUUUGAUUCAGUUUGUAUUAUAGCUGCACUAAAGUAAGUAGCCUCCAACAGGUGAAAAUGAUGUUUAAGUUCCACUGACGUGAGCACAAAUGGACUGCGUUUCAUGAGAGUGAGUACAUGCUCUUGCUGACAUCGGAAUUUCAGAAUCUGUGAAACAGCAAAGAUAAUGUACUGUUCUUAAAGACAGUCAAAUCGCGACUACAACUGAUUUCUUACCGUAAAUGUUCAACCCUUCGGAGCGCAUGUUUAAAAGAAGAGGUGAACCGACGUCGUCACUUUUGUUGUACAGCACGUGCGCUUGCUAAAGAGAUGUAUAAAGAAUGCACUACAUUUGCGGAUAUUUGCAGUCGCACACAGUUGUUUACAGAUACAUUCCAAGCUUCAGUAUUGUAAAAUAUAUCUGUACUAGAAAUAAUUCGCAUUUGGAUCAUCCUUGACUUGGUUUAAUUGUAUUGAUAGAUGCCAUUAAUGUUUCAUGACUGAAUAAAAUUAAUAGAGCCCU